UUACCCCAUGCCCAAACAACUGAGCUGUAGCCAAAGCUUUUAACAUUCAGAUUAUCCUCAAUCGUAUUACGCCAAAGGUAAUAGCACAAUCUAAUCCUCAGCUUCCUAAAAUGGCCCCAUCAAUAACGAAAGUCUAAAAGAUAUAGUAGAUCUUAACAAUAUAACCCCAAGGGUAAACUGACUAUAAGAUCUGUGUAAGCCCUGAUAAUGAUAUAGUACCACUUGCCCAAGUUUCUUAUUGACUAAAUCAAGUCAUUAAUGAGAAUACUGAAAGGUAAAACUCAGUAUUCGCCUUUUAAAUGCAAUAUAAAAGCUUCACAACCACAAACGAAAGGGAAUGUUAUAAGUUGUUUUCACCAACGCAAGCGCAAAGCGGAAAUGGAAGCUUUUCAGUGUUAAAUUGCGUCGAAACGGAUGUCUAGAAGUCUAGAGACACUAGAAUCAAAAUCAAACGCUGGAUAUAAACAUUUGACACUGCAGUAGCUACUAAAAAAAUAGAAAGCGUUGCUCUGAGCGCAUUUAAAGUGCAUCGGAAAUCGCGGAUUGGACGUGAGGCAUCACACUGUGAAUCGGAUACAAAGGUAGGAGGCUUACUGCAAUUAGAAAAUAAGAAAAAUUGAAAGAAAGAUAAUGAAUAGGUAUUAUGUCUCUUAUACUAGGGUGAGAUUGCCGCGGGCUAGUGAAUCCAUCUCAUGGCAUUUGCGAUGCUCUUUUCUUCUUCUUGUUUUCUUUGACUCGAUUCUCUCCUUUUGCUUCGUCCUGUCUACUAACCAUUAGUAUAGAAGCCCAUGGGAACACUUUACCUUGUUUUGAAAAAUUGUUUUGUAAACUGAAAUGUAAAAGUAUAACCUUGUUAUUCUAAAGGUGAAGAAAUGGAUAAAUGAAUUUAAGAAACUAAUGUAAAAGGAGCCUACGCGGUGAGCGGCGGCAGUCCUUUUAUGUCUCCAUGAUUCAUAUUUUGAUUGACCAAUAACAGGCUUAUACUGUAGCUUUCAUUUUGUCAACCAAUAAGACUUUUCGUUCUUGAAUAUUUUUAAAACCACCCCUUGUCUUGUAGAGCAUUUUGUGGGUCUCUUUUAUUAUCCUCGUAGCGUUUGGACUAACAGUUAGUUUAUAAGUACAUCAGACUUGUCAUCUUUUAAACAAACCUAUCCAAUAUAAUCAGCGCUUUUUUAGCGAAAGGAGAAUCUAUAGUGGUCCAAAACUGGCAUACUAGGGUAUCGAAACCAGGACAAUUAUAGGGAAACCCUUGAGAGUUACGAACAGGAAAGGGAAAGCUAGCAGGAACUUACAUCAUCAACAAACUCAGUUCAGAUAAAUUCGGCUACAAAUGUGGCAGAAUUCUUCCCAAGAAGACGAAAGUGACGGCCUAAAUGCCAUGCAGACAUGGAAAACGUCAUAAUAUUACAGAGAAGUGGUCGCUACAUGCAAUUACGAAUGUAAACGGGGCAGAGGACGAUUGCUGGAGUUGAAUUCAGUAAAUUCGAGGAAGCAGUACAAAAAACGUAAGCUAUUCAUUUGAAGGAAGUGUGAGUGAACGCAGGGUUCCCGGUUUCAAGGAAAUCUGCCGAACACAGGGUUCCCGGUUUCAAGAAAAUCUGCCGAACACAGGGUUCCCGGUUUCAAGGAAAUCUGCCGAACACAGGGUACCCGUUUAAAGCUCUUUCCACGAGUGAGAAAACGAUACCCGGUAUAUUCACCAAGCAAGGACUUGUGCGUUUCUACGACCAGGGUACAUGUUAGGCUUUUCCAACUGAGAGACCUGUUUUUUUGUGACACAGGGUACCCGUAUAAUAAGGUUUUAUAGUUGUCAACCACUUCAAGACGAUUUUCAACAGCUCUAGGCCACAUUAUUCAUAAUGCCUACGAACAACAGCACGGAUGAUUUUAAGGAGUUCUCUAUCUCGACUUUGGAUAUGGCGUUCGCGAUUCCCUUCGCCCUGAACAUGUGUCUUGGAGUGUGCGGUAACGCCCUGGUGAUCACAGUCGUCAGGAGGUCACGUGCCAUGCACACGACAACCAACUUCCUCCUCGUCAACCUCGCAGUCGGAGAUAUCAUGAUCCUCAUAUGGAAUCCCCGGUGGAUAAGUUUUGUAAUUUACCCGGUGCACCCCCGGGGCACCCCCGGGGAUUUGGUCUGUGUGUUAUAUACCGGGAAUGCGAUUAUUACGGUUGUGGUGUCGGCGUCGAUACUCACGCUUGUUGUUCUCGCAGUGGAGAGAUAUAACGCGUUAGUGAAUGCCAUGAAAGGAGUAAGAAUAUCCACAGAGAGGCUUCCAUUUGUUAUUGGAGGUAUUUGGGGUCUAGCGGUCGCUGUUAGUAUCCCCGACUUUCUAAAUAACUACUUUAGCACGCAAUAUAAAAAGUGCUUGUGCCCGUUCAGUUUAGAAUUAGCCUCGAAGUUAUCCAUUCAUAUUUACUGCACUAUUACUCUCCUGGGUAUUCUACCAUUUCUCAUACUUUCGUUCUGUUAUUUCCAAAUCCUCAAAGGGGUUUUUAUCACAAAUACGAUAUGCGCCGAGCAAAGCGUUCCGAGCACAGCAGACGAUGCAAUACGGAGAAAACUCGCUAAGCUAUGCCUAUCCGUCACAUGCGCGUUUUACAUUUGUUAUUUGCCCUACGCGACGUUUCUCCUGUUUAUCGCGUCUGUUGAGAAAGGUGUUCUCAUUCAAAGGCAGGACAUGUUUACGGCGAUGCUUCGCGCGUGCGAGUUUUUUGUAACUCUUUCCUCAAGUCUCAACCCGGUGAUUUACGCUUUCCAGAGUACGAGCUAUCGACAAGGGUUUAAAGAAAUCUGGGACGGACGAAAGCGAUGCAGAACGAAAUCAAGAAAGGUGGAAGUCAGCUUAAAGUUGGCUCGUAUCUAGAGCCUUGAUGUCCGCUGUGACAAAACGACCACCCCCUCACAACAAAACCCUACACAGGGGGGUACACAGGGUGGGUGCCCCCCCCCCCUACUUGGCUGCCCAGAAGUUGGUCAUUUCUUAUUGAAGGAUCUUUGUAAAUGCUAUCCUUUUUCCAUAUGAUAUCGAAGACUUCGCAUCCACUCGCCGGAGAAUGAAUACUUGAGGUUAAUUCUCCUUACAGUAAGGAGAGAGAUUACUCGAGGUAAAUUCUCCCUACUUAAGAAGAGGGUUUGAGGUUAUUUCCCCCUACACUAAGGAGAAUAGGUUUUUGAAGAUAAUUCUCCUGAAAAGGAGGGUGGGAUUUGAGGUAAAUUCCCCCUACAGUAAGGAGAAUGAGUUUUUUAAGUUUAAUCUCCUAAUAAUAAGGAGAGUGGGAUUAGAGGUAAAUUCCCCCUACAGUAAGAAUCUGUAUUUGAGGUACAUUCUCCCUACAGCAGGUACAAUGGGUAUUUAUAGUGAAAUUCUUCCUAUACACUAGAGUAUUUUGAGUAUUUGAGGUAAAUUCUCCCUACAGUAAGGAAUAGGUAUUUGAGGUAAAUUCUCCCUACACUACAGGAUUAUGAGUAUUUUAGGUAAAUUCUCCCUGGCUAUUUGAGGUAAAUUCUCCCUAAACACAAAAUACAAAAAAUUAUCACGUACUCAAUUCACAUUUAUCAUUCAAAUAUUGAGACGAUAGCACGUACAAUAAAGAUAUUUUUAUUUAAAA